UGUGGCCGGGAAUUGCUCUACAUAGUCAGGCUAUCAAGAUUUUGGCGGCUUGGUUGUGAAAUUCAGUCCUGAGGUGCUGGGGACGAUCUGGACUUUGAAUUAUGGCAAGUUUUCUUUCCAGAGCUGUGGCGCUUUAUGUCAUAUGUUUGUAUUUAUCAGAAUUUCUAAUUGUUGCGGCAGUUCGUGAAGGAAAUGCGAAAUUCUUAAGCAAUUUAAAAUCUAAGGUGCGAACACCUUUGACAUUUGACCACAGCACCGUUAACUUGAAAAUGAAAAGAAAUCCUACACAAACGACAGGAUUUGAACCGGGGGAUCUCGCGCAAGCUUUCCACGUAAAAACUUUAGACGGGGAAUUCAUCUAUCCAUUACCGUCAGAUACGAAUUCUUCGGUGGUCAUCCAUGCGUUCACCAACAAAUCGGGCUUUUUGGAAUGCCUUUGGACAUCCGAAGCGUCCCUUUCGGAUUUGGUGGACUACUUGCCCGCCACUGCACAAGUUUUGUUCUUGUCUCUGGACGACUCCGCAGCGCGCGAUGCGCUCUGGAUGAGAGAGCAGGUGCACAGCGUAGCUGCACGAAGGAGAAAAGAGGUCUUGUCGAGGCUACAUUUCUCACCUGUCCCCGUCUACGCUCUGGGCAACUGGAUCCCUGGCGUCCUCUACUCAUGGGGUUGCAACGGGCACAACUAUGGCCUCGCGCAAGUCUUGUUCUCCUCUCCAGAGUGGGCCAUAUCUGUGGUUGCCAAACGACUAGAUGCUAGAUAUGACUGGUUGUUUGGACACUGGUCUCAGGGCCCAUACAGGCUUGCCGAUGCAGGGAAUGGAUGUGAACCAUCUCCUUCAGUUGCCGGAGCUGUUGCUUGGAUAUCUGAGGACGGCUGCUCGUUUUUCAAAAAGGUUAAAAGCAUGGCUGAUUCUAAAGCUGCGGGGGUUUUGGUAUACGCACUGCCAGGCAACCCCAUCAAGGACAUGAACUGCCAAGAAGAUGAGUGUUACACUCAACUGAGCAUCCCUGCCGCUAUGACGCAUUUUGACGCCGGCGUUUUACGCGCCCUGCUAGCUGGGAAGCCAGUGAAUGUGUCGUUCCAAAUCACUCCCUCUCCAAGCUUCUUUUUUGGGAUAGACCAGAAGGGGGCGCUGUCAGAGAUGGGCUGGUUCCUUUACCCCUCUUUCCGAUUCGUAGCCUGGCAGGCACAGUGGUUUGACUUUCAUCGAGGUCUGCAGGAGCAUGUGAGCAAGCCAGCCACGGUGGUGUCUGUGUUCGAUCACCUGCAGAUGCAAGGGGAGGAUGGCGCUCAGGCUGUUGUGGAUCUUCCUCCAGAUGUACUGGAAUACGAUGUGCUUGAACUGGAGGCGGCCCUGACCUGCCCGGGCCGUCAGGACGAGACGUGCGCUCACUGGGACCACACGGUACAGCUCUUUGUGUGCUGCCAACAAUUCAGUCCCUACUGCAACAUGGAACUCGGUCGCUGGAUCACGGCGUUCCGCAGAGGAACAGGCCAUUGGGUGACCGACGUCUCCCCUCUUAUUCCUUUGUUGAAUCAUGAGAGAUGUGCGUUCACCAUGAAGACGGUGCCGUGGGCCAUGCCGUGGGUUACGUCCCUUAACCUACGUUUCAGUCAGAGCAACCACACAGGGAAUUAUUCAGAGACAUUGCAUCCAUUUAAUCUCAUUUUGCUAUAUAAUGGUGGAAAAUUUGACAAGGAUUACAACACCAGAUACAAAGAAAUCCAGUUUAAAGUGCCAGCAUCAACCAAAAAGGUGGAACUGUAUGCUGUAAUCUCCGGUCAUGGGAGCGACGAGUACGGCUGCUGUGAGUUCUGUGUAACUUCACAUCACUUCGUCGUCAACCGCAAGUUCAACAACUCUCUUGUGUUUGACACGGCAGGGACUGCUCUGGGCUGUACGCUGCGCGUGGUGGAAGGGGCCGUCCCUAACGAACACGGCACAUGGCUGUACGGACGGGGGGGCUGGUGUGACGGACAGCAGGUCAACCCGUGGAGGACUGACAUCACUAGCCAGGUGCAUAUAGGGGAAUCAAGUUCUAUUAUAUACUUCGGACUCUUUGAUGGUCGAGACCCAAAUCCGCAAAAAGAACCUGGCUAUAUUAUAAUGUACUCUUAUCUUGUGUUUUACAAAUGAUGUCCAAGAGAUUGAAUCCUUU